UUUGUUUUUUGACAAAAACCUAUCUGUCAACCAUUGUAGCGUUAAAAUAAUUUGCGUGUCAGUGAAAGAAACCCAUUUGAUUGAAGAUUGGGAAAAGUUUCAAACCAAAACAAACAUCAGAAAAUAUUAGAAUAGAUCUCUGGAAAAAAUAUAACCAAAGCGUUUGAAGCAAAUGAUUACCGGAGCCUCAUCGUUAGUCAAUUGGGAGCAUUACUAAAAUGACUACACCACAUGAGCAUGGUCAAAGGCAAACCGUUGAAUGUAGAGUAACAAGUGAAGGCAUCGUUACAGCUCAAAGUGACGAUUGGAUGGUAAAUCAGCACGAAGAAGAAAUUGAUUAUCAUGAACAGGAGGUUGAAAACUUCGAUCUCAACAAUUCUCAUGCUGUUGAACCUGAGGAGUCUGUUGAAAAGAGACCAAAAAUUUUGAUUCAACGGGUUUUUCACCAGCCCCAAAAAGGUAAUGUGGUUCAGAAGUUAGAUUACAUCCUUGCCAAGUCAGAUGAAGAGAUUACCAAACAUGUCUUUGGUGGGUUAUUUAAGAGCAAGUACUAUGCUUAUAAACCUGAAAAUUACUGCAAGAAACAUGAUCCAAAUUUGCCUGAACAUAUAGAUGAUGGACUACUCAAAGUGGGGGACAAGUUUGAUUCCUUAGAAACAUUUCGUUUAUAUGUUGAUAGUAACGCGAAAAAGUGGAAAUAUUACCUAAAAUGUGCUGAUUCACAUAUAAAAGAUGGCAAAUCAAUAUUCGUCUAUAGAUGUGUGUUUGCAAAGUCAUCAAAUUAUAAUUAUUUUAAUGCUAAGGGACUAAGAAAAAGAACUUCCAAAGUGCCAAAAAAUGAGUGCCCCUGCAGAGUAGUGUUAAAACCAGUACCAGUAACCGCUGACACCUUGACAGUGGUGUAUGUGUGCAAUCAUCAUGACCACCCUUUGACUGACGAUUACUUCGACAAGUUGCAGCACGGAAGACGGAUACACCCCAGUGUCAAAGAAGAGAUAAUGGACCUCUUAUCUUUGGAUGUAGACCGUGAAGUAGUGAAAAAAUAUUGCGAAUCAUUGACAGGUUAUAAAAUGGAUGGAAUAUAUUUUAACAAUUUAAUAAUGAGGAUGAAGAGAAAUAAAAUUGAAAGGCAAUUUACAUUAGAUCAACUCAGAGAAAUGUCGAGGAAGAUUGAAAAAAUAAAAGAAGAAUUGGGUAUAAUAGAUAAAAAUGAUGAAGAGGAUACUAUUAAUAACGAAUUUAUGUCGGCUGAUGAUGAAGACAAAACUAAAGAUAAAGCGUCACAGAUUAAGGAGGCGAUAAAUGUAUUGAGAACAGUGUCGGCGCCCAAGAAAGUUCCACCAAAACCGAAAACACCUCGUAAUCCCAAUAUAGGUAGAAGACGACCCAAAGUAAUCAGCAAACAAAAUUACGAAGAUUUCGACAUGGAAACUCCAGUGACGAGUAAGAGUCGUUUAGAAGCGCGUCUCCAAGAGUUGUCGUUCGAUCAAGAGACCCUACAGAGCAUAAAACACUUGCAAGACUCGGUGAGGGGUGAGACAGAAAAUUCUUCUAGCUCAUUUCAGCUGGAAUUUGAACCUUCUAAUAGGAUUCAGAGAAAUAAAUUUAAAAAAUACGCCAAAAACUCCCAAAGAGUUCCUGAGCCUGUUCCAACUGUAAUACCAAAAUUAGAACCCCAAGCAGUAGUAAUAGAAAAUACUCAAAACGUCGAUCCCUAUGAAGAAAACCAAGACAUCGUCUAUGAAAACGUAAUGACUGUUGUGGAACCGGUGGAAAAUUGCAAUGAAAUAAUAGUAUACGAAAGUCAAGAAAAUAAUAACACGGAAGUUAUAGCGCAACCUGAAGAUUAUUGCUUGCAAUUCGAAGAAAACACUGAACCGAAGGAACAAACGAUUGAACAGUUUAUAAUGAUGGAAAAUUUAGAAAACGUGCCAGAAGUACAUAUUCAGGUUACAGACUUGGCUACAGUUAGUAUUGUGUCGAAUGACGAAGCUUCGAAGACUGAUGAUCAAAGGAAUAAUAAUGAUGAGAUUACAAACAAUGAUCAAGAAAUCCCAACUGUGACUGAAGUACACGACCCGGCUGGUAAUGAUGAUGAAAAAAUAGACGAAGUAAAGGAAGCAAAUAUAACAAUUUUAGGCGAUGCAGACAAAAACAUUGAUCUUGGGACAGAUGCGCUCUACGAAGUGGUAGUAACGGAUGACAAAAAGUUAAUACCGAGUAGAGAAUUUGUAAGAAGUGUGAUAUUUAAUAAGCCCAUCAAACCUAAAAGUAAACGUCGUUUAGCAAUGCCCCAAAAAGCUAUUUCUAAAGGUCAACCUAGGAAUAAAGCGAAACCUAGUAAUAAAGGUGAACCUAGUUAUAAAGCUGUACCUAUUCAGGAGGAAAGAUCCGAUUUAAAACGCGUCAUCAAACAAAUGGAACUUGACGAACUAGCUGAUGAUGAAUGUUAUAUGGUUGUGGUGGAUGAUAUCGAUGUUGAUGAAGUACAAUCAUUAUCAUCUGAGGAUGACAUGUCCUGUGAUUACUCUGUGGAAAAUAGUGCUGUUUUCAGUCGCAAUGAAAAGAUUCAGCGUAAUGCAUUAAGUUCAAAAGGAAAAGACAGUUUGCGUUCUAAUAAAAUUGAAAAAGAAAUCGAAAUUAUUGAUCGAUUAAAAAAAAUGAGGAAAAUUUUAGAGCAAGAUGUUAAGAAAUUAGUAGUUAGAAAAGAUAUGUUGGUAAGAGAUAUUAUAAGAGCCAAAAGAUGUAGACGAUUUUAACAGCAUACCGACCGUAUAUUACACAUUGUAAAAAAUAUUGUAUUUAUAAUUUAUGAUAACAGAUGGUGCCUUUAUGGCCUUAUGUUAUAUUUAUUACAGCAAUAAAUAAGUUAAUUUAAUAUAA